CAAUGUUUGCAUAUACAGUACACUCUUAUACUUCCACUGAAAAUCAUCAUGUGAAUUGGAAAAUGUUAUCAUGAUGUUUGAAUCAGUAUUACCGAAAACGAACGCAAGAAUUUUAUCUGUUGUUAUUUACAGUUAAAUAUGCAUACAUUUGGAUUGUAAAUCAAUUUUUAUCAUUAUAAAUCAGUUGUAUUAGACCAAAUAUGACAGUCAUUAUACAGAAAAUGAAGCGAUUGUGCGAGGAAAGAAUAAGACAAGAACCCCCAAUGUCAGGAUUAUACUGUAAGGCGACAUGGGAUGGUGCCAUGUGUUGGGACUUUACAUCAGCGGGUUCCACAGCAAUACAGCUUUGCGCAAAAUAUAUCCGAAGUUUUAAUCCAACAGAAUAUGCGACACGAGAAUGUUUGCCAGAUGGUACAUGGAAACCAAACUUUGUAGAAACAAACAAUACGAUUGGUUGGACCAAUUAUACAAAUUGCCUUAGCAAUAACCCUAAACCCCAGCUUCCGAUAGACAAAAAUAAUCAUAUACCACGUAUACAACUGAUGUCAGAGAUAGGCUACGGAAUAUCCUUGGCAUCUCUUAUCGUAGCUGUAACAAUUAUGAUAGCGUCAAGACGGCUUCACUGCAAAAGUAACGUGCUACAUAUAAACCUAUUCUGUGCAUUUAUUCUACGAGCUUCGGUUUCUUUUCUAAAAUCGUUAAUCUUUGUUGACGAUAUUGGUUUAGAGAAAGACAUCAUUCGAAAUCCAGGAGGGACCAUAGAAUUUAAACAAGACGGACUGCAUUGGGAAUGUAAGUUGAUAGUGAGUAUAUUUAUGUAUUCCGUGGCGACUAGUAUGAUGUGGAUCUUGAUGGAGGGACUAUAUCUACAUAUGCUUGUAUACAAAACAUUAUUUACAGAAAGACAUGGUACACGCUUAUACGUGUUAUUCGGUUGGUUAUCCUCUUUCACUUACAUAAUACCUUGGAUUGUAGUACGAAUUUUCAAGGACAACGAGCUGUGUUGGAAUCGCCAAAAUACCGGUGGCUAUUUUUGGAUCAUUAAGGCACCAAUGCAUAUUUCUAUUCUUAUCAAUUUUCUAUUUUUCAUCAAUAUUGUAAGAGUGCUAUGUGUAAAGUCAAAGUUAAGCCGACAUGUCAAAAGUGAUGCAAAGUACUGGAGGAAGACUGCCAAGUUUGUUUUGGUGCUUUUACCACUCUUUGGGGUGGUAUAUAUUGCGUUUAACGCUUACCCGGUUGGUGUGUUUAGUAUGGAAGCAGAUUUCAUGUAUCUGUAUUGUGAAAUGUUUUAUAAUUCAUUCCAAGGAUUUGUUUUAGCUUUGUUGUUUUGCUUCCUAAACGAAGAGGUACAAAAUGAAAUACGAAGAUGGUGUUUCAAACGCAGAUUAAAUUCAUACAACACUCGUUCCAUUUUACUUUCUUCUUGGCGUAAAUCGUCACGGAGAAUGUCACGUGAUACGACACGUGAUACCCGUAUCAGCAGCGACUGCACUAUUCACCCAAACGGCACAUGUACUGAUACUGCAAAUUUGAAAUGUGUGCAAGAACAUGUCAUGGCCACGGAAAAGUCGUUGCAACAACAAAAGAGAAGUUCAAUACUUAUCAUGGCAAAGUAA